UAGCCACACGAAGAAGAACAACAACCGGAAGUUACGUGAGCUCCUUUUCCCUGACGGCGCUAGAUAAACAAAACAAAAGCAACACAUCAAUUCACAUUUAUUUAAGACGCUGAGUGAAUUCCGAUGGAUCCCAGUUCAUAGACAUGUCCACCAGGAACCAUCGAUCCCAGUGAAGCCCCCUGUCCACUGAGGCCGGGAGGGGUUAGCGUCCUCCGGGCUGGGUUCGCAGGCAGUGCUGCUUCGCUAGCUUAGCGGUUAGCUCGACAUGUUUAUCUUCGUGUUGGGGAGAAGCAGCGCGACGUGAUGACACGGAACUGUCGCGGUGUCGGCGAGUAGCUGCACGUUUCACCCGGAGAGAUCGGAAGGUUGUGGGGACGCAGGUGUAAACCUCAAAGUUGUUACCCAGAGCUGCACAAGCCCCCCCCACCCACCCUCCAUCCAUCAUGGCGUGGGCUCUGAAGCUGCCUCUCACGGAUGAGGUGAUCGAGUCCGGACUGGUCCAGGACUUCGACGCCAGUUUGUCGGGCAUCGGACAGGAGCUCGGUGCUGGGGCGUACAGCAUGAGUGAUGUCCUUGCCCUCCCCAUCUUCAAGCAGGAGGAGUCCAACCUUCCUCCAGACAACGAAAACAAGAUCCUUCCCUUUCAGUAUGUUCUGUGUGCAGCUACCUCGCCAGCCAUUAAACUGCACGAUGAAACACUCACCUACCUCAACCAAGGACAGUCCUAUGAAAUUAGAAUGCUUGACAAUCGGAAAAUUGGGGAACUUCCGGAAAUCACGGAUAAAAUGGUGAAGAGCAUUAUUCGUGUAGUGUUUCAUGACCGACGGCUUCAGUACACAGAGCACCAGCAGCUGGAAGGCUGGCGCUGGAACAGGCCCGGGGAUCGCAUCCUCGACCUCGAUAUCCCCAUGUCUGUCGGCAUAAUCGACCCCAGGGCUAACCCUACUCAGCUUAACACUGUGGAGUUCCUUUGGGACCCAUCAAAAAGAACCUCAGUUUUUAUCCAGGUUCACUGCAUUAGCACAGAAUUCACUAUGCGCAAGCACGGGGGCGAAAAGGGCGUCCCCUUCCGCAUCCAGAUCGACACUUUUAAAGAGAAUGAGAGUGGAGAGUACACAGAACACCUCCACUCUGCCUCCUGUCAGGUCAAAGUCUUUAAGCCUAAAGGUGCAGACAGAAAGCAGAAGACCGACCGGGAGAAGAUGGAGAAGAGGGCACCACAGGAAAAGGAAAAGUACCAGCCGUCCUACGAAACCACAAUACUGACAGAGUGCUCUCCCUGGCCCGAGGUCACGUACGUCAGCAACUCACCAUCUCCCGGCUUCAUCAGCAGCACACACAACAGCUUCCCGGUUCCAGAAGGGAACGGAUCACCAACCCACCAGCCGGAGCCGGUGGUUCCGGUACCAGAGGUAAUCGCACUGGUCUCUGAUAAUUUGUUACCUGUGGCAACACCGCAGGACGCACAACAGUGGCUUCACAGAAACCGCUUCUCCCCCUUCUGCCGGCUCUUCACCAACUUCUCAGGGGCAGACAUGUUGAAACUGACCCGGGACGAUGUCAUUCAGAUCUGUGGACCAGCAGAUGGUAUUAGACUCUUCAAUGCACUGAAGGGACGUGUGGUACGUCCGAGGCUGACCAUCUACGUUUGCCAGGAGUCUCCGGAGGCACGAGAUCAGAAACACGAAAACGGAGACGCUGCCACCAACACAUUCUUUAUUUAUCACGCCAUCUACUUGGAGGAGCUCACAGCGUCCGAGCUGACGGAGAAGAUCGCUCAGCUCUUCAACAUCUCACCCAGACAGAUCAAUCAGAUCUUUAAACAGGGUCCUACUGGCAUCCAUGUGCUUGUUAGUGAUGAGAUGAUCCAGAACUUCCAGGAUGAAGUGUGUUUUAUUCUUGACACAAUGAAAGAUGACUCAAACGAAGGCUACCACAUCAUCUUGAAGUGAAUGCUGAGCAGGAGCUUUUCUUCAGACCCGAUCCACUCACUCCCUGUAGAGCCUCGUACUCCUCGCUGUUCUCGGAAUAUGCCGCGAAUGCCCCAAAAAAACUCUUGAGGCUGCUGAGAGGAGCCUGCGACUCAAUCCCUUUGCCCUCUCCUCACUAAACCUUACUGUACUUCUGAGGGAGUGACUCUGAUACCACAGUGAUGUAAUGCUCUCCUUCGCACCCUGCCGUUGCACCCCAGCCUCGUACGUGGUUGCAUUUUCCUCUGUCGCUUAUGUCUCAUGCAAGGGGUUAGUGGCACUACAGCUGCUAUCGCUAUUCCUCUGUUCGUUGAGCGUCUGGUGUGUUAACGCUCUGUGCUUCAGAAUCCAAUGUGUGUUUCUUUUUUAAAACCGUCAACCAAAAACCAGAAGGAAAGAAAUCAAAGCUAGAAAGGUAGAGAAACCGUUACAUCGACAGGACUUGACUUUCAGAUUGAUGCAGUAUGAAUUCUCAUCUUCAUGCUAGGAAACAUUAUACAAGCUGUCACAUCACACUAGAGGCAUCAAAAACUAGCAAUCAGGACAUGAAGGGAAACUGCUGGAGUUCAGUUCUGCUUCUGCAAUUCCUCGGACAGAUAACAACCUCCACUCAUUUGUAUUUGAGUAAAAAAUAAGGUUUUCCAGGCUCUCAAACACUGUUGGAUCCUUGGAGUUAGUGGAGAGCGCCCGAAGUUAUUUCUUACAAAUCUAGAAAGAUGAUGAAUCACCGUCUACGUUCGUGAUCACACAGCAAACUGUCUCUGUGCUUCAGAGCUAUCAGCUUGUUAAGCACCUUUUUAUUUUGUAUUUUAUAUUUAAUGUUAUUUUCUAGUAGAUCAUUGUUUUAAGAUGCUUUCCCAAUGAAGCAUGCGUCACGUCCGCCAUUAUUUUAAUGCUCUACUUUUUUUUAACCUUUCUUACGUCUCUUCAUCAAUGUCUUUGCAUGUCACCACUUCCAAACCCGAACUCAUGUCCCGGCACACCAGAGCUGCAUGUCGCAUGAUGUGGUUAGUCCAUGUUCAUGUACUGCUUAUGGAAAGCCAUAGCUUGACAUUGUAGAUCUCCACCGCAGCCUCCACCUCCUCGACCUUAUUAAGACUCUCACCCAUGUUCUGACUCCCGUCUGCUUCUCUCCUCGUGAUCUUUGAAAAAAUAAAAAUGUUUUUUUUAAAUCAA